UUAUCUUCUCACUUUUCCACAAGUUCUUCUCUAUACAUUAGGAGAGAGCGUGGAGAAGAAGGGGAAUUCAAUCAAUAAAUAGGGUAACUAAAUUUUGAUUUUUUAUCCAUAGUAAUAAUAAUUUACAGAAAUAUGGCCGGCGCCGGAGUUGCUCUCGUUUUGUGUUUCGUUGCGGCGGUUUUUGUCCAACAUUCCGCCGCCGAGAAGGUGCAUGUCGUCGGAGACGCCACCGGUUGGAAGGUUCCGGACGCCCCAACUUUCUACUCCGACUGGGCUGCCAAGAACACCUUUGCCAUUGGCGAUUCUCUGACAUUUAACUUUGCCGCAAACCAGCACGACGUACUUGAAAUAACAAAAGAGUCGUUUGAGGCAUGCGGUUCCGAAGACGACGCGCUUGACAAAGUGAUGACAACGAGUCCGGUGACGGUGAAGCUCACCAAAGCUGGCGAUCAUUAUUUCAUGUGUACCGUCGGUAAGCACUGCCUGGCAGGCCAAAAGUUAUCCGUCACCGUUGGCGCCGGCGGUGCUUCAAAAACUUCUCCAAAUGCCAUCGCUCCUUCUCCAGCCAACGACAGCGCCGCCGCUGCUCCAGCUCUGGCUAAAUCGCCGUCGUCUUCGUCGACGCCAGCUAACGCCAGCGGAUCUGAUCAAUCGGCUCCGGCACCAGCAGCUUCCUCCUCCUCUGCAGUGAUGGCAAGCAUUUUUGUCACUUUGUCCGCCAUUGUUAUGAGCUUCUUUUAAUUUGGAACUGGAUUUAUGAAGGGAGGGUGAGUGAUGGAUGAAAGAUUUAUCAGUUGUAUUCCAAACAAUUAUUUCAUUAUUUUUAACUAUGUCAUAAUCAAAUGUUAAAUUUUCUAUUUA